AUGGUUGUCUCUAUUCUCGAUUAUGGGAGCGGAAACGUACGCUCUUUAGUCAAUGCUAUUCAACACUUGGGAUACGAAGUAGAUUGGAUUCGAAAUCCCGACGAAAUUGAGAAAGCUGAGUGCUUGAUUUUCCCUGGCGUGGGUAAUUUUGGCUUUGUUUGCGAAUCUCUAGCAAAAGAAGGAUAUCUUGAACCGUUGCGCAAAUAUGCGCUCUCUGGAAAGUUGUUUAUGGCUGUAUGUGUCGGUAUUCAAGCUUUAUUCGAAGGUUCGGUAGAAGCACCUGAAUACAAGGGUCUUGGUAUUUUCCCUGGUAUGGUGCAGAAGUUUAAUAGCAAGGACAAGACUGUCCCUCACAUUGGAUGGAAUUCCUGUGCUGUUCGUUCCAAUACCCAAAAAGAAUACUACGGCUUAAAACCCCAUGACAAAUUCUACUUUGUCCAUUCCUACAUGAUUCCCGCUACGAAUUUGCAGCUUCCUAGUGAUUUUCAUGUGGCUACAACUCGCUACGGUGAUGAAAUGUUUGUGGGUGCUAUUAUGAAGAAAAAUUUCCUUGCUACACAAUUUCACCCGGAAAAAAGUGGUGCUGCUGGUUUACGCUGUAUACAAGCUUUCUUAUCUGGAAAUUAUGAAAAGCCCAUUAGUGGCAUGGACACUCAAUUGCUAGAAAACGCUGCCGGAGGUUUGACAAAGCGUGUCAUUGCUUGUCUUGAUGUCCGUUCGAACGAUGCUGGCGAUCUCGUUGUUACCAAAGGUGAUCAAUACGACGUUCGCGAGAAAGCUAAUGCUGGUGGCGAAGUUCGAAACCUCGGAAAACCUGUUGAACUAUGUCAACGCUAUUUUGAAGAAGGUGCCGAUGAAGUUGUUUUCUUAAAUAUCACCUCAUUUCGCAAUUGUCCGUUAGUAGAUGCUCCUAUGCUUCAAGUGCUCGCUAAAGCUGCUCAAACCGUUUUCGUUCCUUUGACUGUUGGUGGUGGUAUCCGUGAAAUCAUUGAUCCUGAUGGUACAGUGCAUUCCGCUGUUGAAGUAGCAGGCACUUAUUUCCGUUCGGGUGCCGACAAGGUGUCCAUCGGCAGUGAUGCUGUAUAUGCUGCUGAGCAAUAUUAUGCUAAUGACCAAAAACUGACUCGAACCACCGCUAUCGAGACCAUUUCUGCUGCAUACGGUUGUCAGGCUGUUGUUAUUUCCAUUGAUCCUAAGCGCCAGUAUGUCAAAAGCCCUGAUGAGACCAAGCAUCAUGCCAUCAAAACUCCCCAUCUUGGUCCAAACGGAGAAGAAUAUGCUUGGUAUCAAUGUACCGUAAAGGGUGGAAGGGAAUAUCGUGAUAUGGAUGUUGUUGAAUUAGCUAGGGCAUGCGAAGCUAUGGGAGCUGGUGAAGUCCUUUUGAACUGCAUGGAUCAAGAUGGUUCAAAUGCUGGAUAUGACAUAGAACUAGUCCGUCUCGUUAAGGGAUCCGUCAACAUUCCCGUUAUUGCUUCUAGCGGUGCAGGCGUUUCUGAACAUUUCGAGCAAGUAUUUAAGGAAACCGAUUGUGAUGCGGCUCUUGCUGCUGGUAUAUUCCACCGCAAAACUUGCAGUAUUGAACAUGUAAAAGAACAUCUUCAAAAUUCAAACGUUCUUGUGCGAUUUUAAUGAUGGCUACUGGUAACAUUUUGAGACCUUUCUUUUCUUUUCCCUUUCUUUUUUUUGAUUUAAGGCCCCAUAGAAGUAUGUACAAUAGGAAUUGUUUAUUAGAAUAUUCUUUUAGUUAUCGACAAUAAGAAAUUAAUUAGUCUUUAUGAG